AGUUCGCAGUCGGUUUUUUGCCCAUGGCAGCGAGAGAAGCAGCUUUGGGAACGCUGUCGUCGUAACGUUAUGUCCGCACUGCAGCUUCCCAAUAACACGUAUGGUUAUUUAGUGUCUGGCCGUUAUAGAAACAAAGAGCAUUGAGUCGCCGAUUGAUGUCCUCUUUAGCCAUGGCUCUGGCUAAAACGAAUCCACUUUUCCUCGUUCUUCUCGUCUGGAUUCAGGCUGUCUCGGCCCACGUGGAGCCGCCGACCAACGUAAAGCUUCACUGCCACAAUCUGCACAAUGUGCUUCAGUGGAGUUACGACCAACUGUCGCCAGGGCUUAAGUUCAAAGUCGACAUAAGCUCGAUCUUGAGUGAGGAUCGAGUGGUUUGGGUGGACUCACCAACUGUACAAGCAGACGUGUCAUUUCUGUCUGAUCCAGUUGAUGAAUACUUUGUUACUGUGACUGCUGUGGUCGGACAAAAUAAAUCUGAUGUUGCCCCACCUGAUGGACUCACUUUCAGCUAUUUCGAGGACACUCUAACAAGUCAGAAAUGUUCACUGGACUUCCCAUCAGUUAACGUCACUGCCCAACAAGAUGACACCAUCCUGUUCCGCUUCACGCAUCCCUGGUUGUUAUACCACCAAAAGUUCCCUGAACUUCCAAAUACAAAAUCUAGGAGGAAGAAAAGCUAUGUCGCACAGAUCAGUGACCAGCUACCUGUAUUUUUAUACGAAGUUGAGAUCGUCAAUCAGUCGUUGUCACACCACAGCUUCACCUGUGAGGAGAGUGUGUGUAAGGAAAAGCUUCCAGUGGAGGCUGCACAGGGGAAACAUUGUCUGACGGUGAAGGGGAAGCUGAUGAAAGUGGCAGUUCUACAAGCACAGGAGUACUGCAGCCGGCCAGUAACACCACCACAUCAGUCAUACAUAUCCAUCAUCAUUGUGGCCAUUGUGCUUGCUGUGAUUGCAUUUGCUGUGACAUUCUACAUGGUGUACCGAAAAAUUACUGAUCCCUCAAGUUCUUUACCAGAGGUUCUGGAUAUCACGAAUAAACUGAAGCGGUUGACCUUGGGAGCGGAUCGCGAGCAGGUCUCUGUGCCAGAAUUGGGGCCUUCCUCACCCACACCUCUACUGCCAAACACCGAAGAAAACAAAUUGCUAACUAAUGAUCCUUCCUCUACUGAGCCUGAACUCCGUCUGCGCAUCGGCGGGUUGUCGACCGAGGUUGAAGGUGUGUGUGAUGUCGUGCAGGGGGAGAAGGAUGAAGAUCCUGGGUAUGUGCAAGGCAGCAACCUGGAUGAAGAGAUACAAAACUUCAGCAAGGGCCACUCUGGUUACGAGAGCCGUCCGGUUUUUGUUGAGAUUGCACCAGAUGAACAGGCUGAGGGCUACCGUGGCGGUGAAGGUGGAACUGGUGUCGUGUGAACACUGAGGAAUAUGUUCUUUCCUACAACCCUGCAAUCGCCUGCAUGAAACUACAAAAAAUUUGAUCUCAACAGUAACUUGCAGGGGAGAUGCUGUUACAAAUUGGAGUUUGAUGUUUCCUCAGUCUCAAUGCCAAGUAAAGUACAAUCGGAACAUCUUAACAUCAGGUACAUUUGGAUGAAAGUCAAAUAGAUAAACAUAAUUACUAAAUCAAAUCGGUCACCAGAAUGUUGGUGGUGUAGUAAUGUCCAUCUAGACCUAUAAGUUACUUAACUUCAUAAGUACAGCCUAUUGUCGAUUCUGCUGCAGUCACUAACUUUGCAGGUCUAAGUCUGCUAGUAGGUGAGAAAGAACCUGAUGAAAACGUGUGAUAAUUUACAUCACAGUACAUUACAUUCAUGUGGCAGACACUUUUGUACAAGGCGUUCAAGCUCCAUAAGAACCAGAGCUGGAAUCAUAAGUGCGUCCCAACCCCCAGCAAACAAAGUAGUAGCACAUUCAGUGCGUGCACAUGGCAUAUCGGUAAGUGUUCAUGCUAAGCUCCAGCACGGAGCGUUGAGAUAAUUACUCUUACUCUAUAAAACUCUUUUAUACUCUAUAAAAUCAACAAAUGUGUGGCUUAGCUGAACACCUAGCAGCCAUUAUUAGAAAAGAAUGUGGAGUGAAGCAAUUUUUCCCUGCAGGAAAACCGGAAACUUCCCCCCAUGACGUCGUUGCAUCUUGUCUUCACUAUUGCAAGUCUCUCUACUCUGGUGUUGUUUAAAAAACAAACAAAAAACAACUUCUCUUCCUUCAGCUGCAGCUACAUUCCUGGCAAUUAAAUCCCUGUCUAAUGGGGUUACCAGGAAAGUAACAACUCAUCCUUCGCUUCAUCACGUGUGGACUUUGAAGGCUUCACUGCAAUGAAUCCUAUAAAAUGAUUCUAACUGUGCUUUACCUCCUAUAAUGCAAAUUGAAGUACUAUAAUAGUAGUAAUAAUAUUUCCAAAUGCUUAUAUACAUAAGGCUCAUAAACAUUUCUGUCGUUCAGUAAUGUGUAUUUGCAUCUGUUUCAUGCAUACAGGAAUUCCCAUAUUCAUUUGUUACUCGGAUGGCAGGUCACAAUACUGUAUUACAUGAGGAACAGUAUAUCUUCAAAUAUUGAAAAUGUCCUCUUGCUUAUUUGCAGUCAUGUGUUUUCAGUCUGAAUGGGGUGCUUUACCUUGUGCCGUUGCACCUUAAAGUCACAGUGAAGCAAAAGUUAGACCGUCUUUAACUGCAUAAUGUGACAGGUGAAACGGGAUAUUUAGUUAUAAGAAGGAUUUGAUCGAGUCCUUCAGAUGGGACUGGAGCACCAAAAAAGUGAGCGUGGUUUAACAAUAUGGAUUUGUAAAGGAUUGUUUACCUGCAUCACCUCUAACUGCUGGUUGAUCAGGAGGGGGAGAACGAGGUAGAGAUGAAUGAAUUGAACAGUUAACACACGGACACGUGUUUCACAUGGUGCUUUAAAUGUGUUAUGGUCAUUUUGAGUAUGGCAAUGAAUUAAUUUCCUCAUGAAACGAGUUGCUCUUUUUAGACUUUGUGUUGUGCCUUGUCUGUCACUUUUUGAGUUUAAUACAUACAAAUUAUUUGUUUUGUAACAUCUCUAUGUUUUCAUCUUUGUUAAGUUGCUGUGAUAAAUCUCAGAAUCUCGGUCUGUUUAUAUUUCCAUGCUCAUGAGUGCUGAAUAAAUGAAAACACAGCCUGGCUAAAUAGAUUUUUUUUUUUUAAAUGAUGCUGACUAUGAAACAGGGAAGUGGUGUUUUUAUUUGUCACAUUUUGGUCCACUGGUUUCAAAGGCGGGGUGGGGUAAAUAAUUUAAUUACCAGCUGUGUGAUUGAUUGUUAUAAUGCUUGAAUAUGUUGUUUAGUCUCGCUAAUGUUUAGAUUUAUGAAAGAAGCUUGAUUCUCUAAAUUGAGUACAGCCACAUUUUGAUAAUCUCUCACUAUCUACUUGGUUAAUCUUUUUGCCUCCAUCAACAUACUCAUUCUUGUGUUAUAUCAUGUAAAAAGAAUGUUAAGCAUUAAACCAUUUCAAAAAAGA